GGUCGGAUGCUGGGGCCAGUGAGACAUCAGUUCAGACUUGAUGCAGCGGCUCCUCCAUUCCCAGUGAAUAUUCUGCUCCCUGUGUUUUUCCCCCCGGGGAGGGAGGUGUCCCGUUAGUGGAGCAGAAGGUUGGCACCACAGAAGCCCGUUGUACCAGCCCAUGAAGAAGUGAUGUCUCUGCUCUGAUGUAGAGGGGCCGUUUCACUAAAGGAGGGUGGGCAAAGUUCUCUCUGAGCAAAUAUUGACCACCCCACUGGAUUCCUUACUGUGACCUCCGGCUGAAAGCUGACACCAUGUUGGCACCUCGAAAAGGCCUUUUGGGCAAUCUCAACUAUGUGCACUUACAGCAUGUGUCUCUAGGGGUGCAACUCUCCCUGUGGCCUGAGCUUAUGGAGGGUCCAUUCACCAAGGGCCCAGGGAAGGAGGAAGAGCUCACUAGCUGUUUCCACUGCACAAAGGAGGGCUCUGCGCCCAAAGAGGUGGAUGCCAAUUCCAAUGACCCUUCUGUUCCGUGCCAAUGUUGUGACCAGCACCCUGGGCAGGGCAACACCUGCAAUUACAGCCCUCGAGAAAAUAUGGAGCCAAAGACCAGCGAUGAUGAGCUCUUGUCUCCUUCGGAUCCUCCUCUCAGCCCAUUCUCCCCGCACUCCAACAGCAGCAGCUCUUCAGAUUUCACUUUGGAUGACUCUCCCGUCUCCAUGUACUUCAGGGAAUUCCUAGAGGAUGGGUGUGAGUCUCCUGACCACCAACCAGAGAUUAUCCCGCUAGAUUCUUCCACUGGAGAACUAAUUUCUUCCAUGGGCCUCUCAUCUCAGGACCAUUCCCUGUGCCUGAACAAUGAGAAGAACCAGUAUAAUAAUCUAAUGGCCAUGACCCAGGAGAUAUCCAAAAACCUCAAUAUAGAGGCCAUAUCCAAAACCUGGGGGUCUGGUUCUACUUUGGAUGCCAACUGUAAUGCAGUGCCAGACUGCCAUACUCUGAAUUUCACUCCCUUGGACAGGGCCAUGGAUAAAGGGGACAUAGAUAAUAGAGCAGAGGCUGUAAGUAGCACAAAGAAGGACAAUGGACCUUCAGCUCCAGAGUUGAGUGAAGAGUCAGAAGCCUGUACCCAAUCUUACCAGGAAGCAGAAGACUAUAUUACCAGUGUGUCCAUGCCAGGACUGUCCCAAAGCCCUAGGAAGAACAUCACCUCAUUUCAUGAAUUAGCCCAGAAAAGGAGAAGAAGUGGAGGGGUCCCCCCAGCCCUACAAGGAAAGAAAGACAAGAGUGACUGGCUAAUCAUGUUCUCCCCAGACACAGAACACCCCCCAAUCAAUGAACUGACAUGCUCAGACUUCUUCCAGAGAAAUGUAGGCUCCAACAUCCAAACCCUUCCAGCAGGCAAGGAGACCAUCACAUUCAAAGAGCUGCGUUAUUGCAAUGCCCUUGUCAAGCAGAGCAGCCUUCUAACAAAAUGUCAGCCUGAUGGACAGAAGGAGCCCCUACAGCCUUCUGGAGGACAGAGGUGGCCUCAAAACACAGCAGGAGAGAAGGGUCCUCAGAUCCCAGUUGGCAGUGACCCAGGACUGAGGUGCCACUCUGAGGAACACAGUGAGAUCCAGGAGCCAUCUAAAAAAGACAAGGCCCUCCAUGACCCACCUGCUGGUGAGUUUAAGCAGCACUCACAAACAAUGGCAAAGGGAGACAAUCUUAGGCUGUCCUUCAGAGACCUGGGACCUCAACGCUCAUGCACAGGGGUGGACAAUAGUAUAAAUAAGCCCCUACAUGGAGCUCACACUGCAAGUCCCUUGGCAUCUCUGAGAGAUUUUACCCUGGGGGGAGGAUAUUUCCACUGCACCUUCCUGAGCAACAGAUUAGAGAAACCGCAAGUAGUCCCAUGCUCCAAGCCAACCACAGCCAAGAACUGGAUCCGAGGGAUGGCAGAUGGAGGAGACAAGAGAGGCAGAGAAGUUAGAGGAGCCUCACAAUUGUGGCCCCAGGCUUCUCUCUCCCCUCAUGUUCUUGCCCCACUCUCGGCUAAACCCACACUGCUCUGUCAGUUUGCCCCGGGCAAUGCCCCAGCACCUCAAACCCCCGGCUUGCCUUUGCCCCCCACCCGCCUCUCACCACUGGGGGCCUUUUCCCCCCCAUAUCGGGGGCUGCUGCCCAUGCUGGACCCCCCAGAAUUCUCUGUACUGAUGUCACCGCUGUAUCCGAGGAGCAGGACCCACCCCAGACUGACCACAGAGGAAGCAGCCCCCCAACAGGAUUCACCAGCAGCCGCAGCGCACACACAGUUGAUGGCCGGUGGGAGAGAAGAGUCACUGCUCAGGGACAAGAAAGGUCUGUUGGUUGCGAUUGGCUCCUCCGUGGACAAGAUCAUUGGGCACUUUAACAGCAGCAGGAACCACGUGCAGAAGGCACAGUUGGGAGACAGUCGUCUGAGCCCAGAGCUUGGCCACCUCCUCCUGGGCGGCCUGUGCCCGUCUCUCUACUCCCUAUUGGCUGACGGCCUCAAGCCUUUCCACCGGGACAUUAUCGUGGGCAGGAGGAGGCUGAGCCCCUGGAGUCUGGUGGAGGCUUCUGUUGUCAGGGCAGGCGCUGGGCCCCUCCACACCCUCCUGUGUAACAUCGGCCGCCUGUCACAACUCAGGGACCCCCGGCGCAGGUUCAACGCAUUUGUCUUCGGCCUCCUCAACACCAAACAAGUGGACUCUUGGGUCUCCCUCCUGCACCAGUCAUACGAUUCCCUGUGUCUGUUCUUUGCCCCCACGGGAUUCCUGCCGCUGGCUGUAAGGAGUGAGCGGGGGCUACUGGACGAGUUAGUGGUGACCCUCCAGCCCCUGUCGGCCCUCACGUUCCAUGUGGAUCUUCUGUUUGAGCAUCACCACCUCCCCCUGCACGAGGCCCCCCAUCCCUGGGGCCGUCCCUCUCUGCAGGACAUUCUCAGCUUGGGGGGCUGGAUCACCCCCACCCCAACCCCAACCGGCCCGUGUGCCAGGCUCCCCCCCCAGGACUCCGGCACCAGCUGGUGGGGGCAACUGAGCCGGGCCUCGCGCAUCUACCUGCCCCCAGAAACUUUCUCCUCCCACUGGAACAAACCAACACACCUGGGUGGGCCCAAGAAACUGGACGCAGAGCCAACGGAAACCCCGCCGGAAUUGUCUGAUACAAGUGCCCCCCCUACAGACCAGACUGGAGACUCCGCCCCCUCAAUGGGAGACACUGAAUGGAGUUCUGGGGCAGCAGAGGAACCAGCAGAAAAGAACCAACAGAACAGCCCCCAUAUUGCACCAAGCGCUGGAGAACGGGGGGGGGUCUGGCUGGGGCAUUUGUUUGGGGCAAAACCUUCUCCCACCCAAGCAAAGAAAAAGUCACGACUGCCCUCCACCUGGCUGCCCCCCAGUAUGAGUGUCCUGGAUCUGAUUGGAUUCUCCCCAUCAUCAGAGAGAGCUCAGAGUGUGGCCCCGGGGCCAGACGAGAGCAAAGGGAAGAGUGAGAGGUGGGUUCGGGCCUUGUGUGACCAGUGUGGGUCGGAGGAGGGGCUGAGCUUCAGGAAGGGGGAGGAGCUUCAGGUGAUGAAUACGGUGGACGAGGACUGGAUCCGGUGUCGUCGGGGGAAUGAGACGGGAUUGGUCCCCGUGUGUUACACCUCCCUCAUUCUGUGACCCCCCAAAACCGCCAUCUCAUUCCCAGUGACUACUGGGUGCCAAUUCCAAGGCCUCCGUGCAAGUGCUGAUUUUCUACAGGACAUUGAGGGGCCCCAGUCUGAUCCCUGUUGCACCCCACUAUGUACAGGAGCAGAGCCAGCCCCUCUAUAACUAGAAUGGGCACAAAGGGCAAAUAGUCAUCGACAACGAGUUUCAUCAUUUGGGACCUGCCUACUAAUGUCUGUAAUUGGGCAAGAGGGUAGGGGGUGAUAGUAAGCUCUGCAGACCAGUUUAGUAUCUGUCCCACAUAGUAUCUGAUGUUUCCCUGCGAGUGAGGCACAUGGGGGUGCUUAUCAUGUUUAGGGGUACAGUUUGCCCCUGUUCAACUCUGAUUGAAAGAAAUGUGAGGGGACCCCAAAUCUUAUCUGUGCCCCUCAACUAUUUGGGGCAGUACCUACUGAUCAAUAAACUGCACUAUUGGCUGCACCCAGUAACUCCGCCCUUUGGCUGCAGGGCCACACCCACAAGUAUUGUCCACUUGGACUGCCCUAAUGCCCCACUAUAUAGAAUUGUCAAUGUAUAGUUAGAUUGUAAGCUCUUGGGCAGUGAUUAUUCUAUGUCCUGUGCACAGUAAUGGGGGGGGGGGUAUAUAUUGACUCACAUCCCUACGGCCGUAAUAAAACUUCCAAAGAACCAAA